UGUCUCUCACUGCCCCACUUUACAACACACUCUCUCUCUCUCUCUCUCUCUCUAAAACAAAGUAUAAACCCUUUCUCUCUCUAAAAUCUCUGAUUCCAAUGGCUUCACUCUCUCUCCUACGCCAAAACAGCUUCUUCUCCGCCACCCUCUCGAGCCAACCCAAACCGAAAUAUGCAUCUCCAGGAAGAGUCCGAAUGUCACUCCAAGAAAACGCACCAACAAUCGCCGUCGUCGGAGUCACCGGCGCCGUCGGCCAAGAAUUUCUCUCCGUCCUAUCCGACCGAGACUUCCCAUACAGCUCCAUCAAAAUGCUGGCUUCAAAACGCUCCGCCGGCCGCCGCCUAACAUUCGAAGACAAGGAGUACGUCGUGGAGGAGCUGACGGCGGAGAGUUUCGACGGCGUCGACAUUGCUCUGUUCAGCGCCGGAGGGUCAAUCAGCAAGGAGUUUGGUCCUAUUGCUGUGGAAAGAGGAGCAAUCGUUGUUGAUAAUAGCUCUGCUUUUCGAAUGGAUGAGAAUGUUCCGUUGGUGAUUCCUGAAGUGAACCCUGAAGCUAUGGCUAAUAUCAAAGUUGGAAUGGGAAAAGGGGCUCUCAUUGCUAACCCUAAUUGUUCCACCAUUAUUUGUUUAAUGGCUGCUACACCUCUUCAUCGACGUGCCAAGGUGUUGCGUAUGGUUGUUAGUACCUAUCAAGCUGCUAGUGGUGCUGGUGCUGCUGCAAUGGAAGAGCUUGUGUUGCAAACUCGUGAGGUAUUGGAAGGAAAACCGCCAACUUGUAAAAUAUUUAACCGACAGUAUGCUUUUAAUCUGUUCUCACACAAUGCACCUGUUCUUUCAAAUGGAUAUAACGAAGAAGAAAUGAAAUUGGUCAAGGAGACUAGAAAAAUUUGGAAUGACAAGGACGUUAAAGUUACGGCUACAUGUAUACGAGUUCCUGUCAUGCGCGCUCAUGCCGAGAGUGUGAAUCUUCAAUUCGAGACACCACUUGAUGAGGACACUGCAAGGGAUAUUUUGAAGAAUGCUCCGGGCGUAGUGGUUAUUGACGACCGCGAAUCCAAUAACUUUCCUACUCCAUUGGAAGUGUCAAAUAAGGAUGAUGUUGCGGUUGGCAGGAUUCGCCGUGACCUGUCUCAGGAUGGGAAUCAAGGGUUGGAUAUUUUUGUAUGCGGGGAUCAAAUUCGCAAGGGAGCUGCACUUAACGCAAUCCAGAUUGCCGAGAUGUUGCUAUGAGUUCUGAUAUGUCACGGUUUUGGUUUCUCAGAAUUAAGUUGUUUUGAAUAUGCUAGAUGGAAGCUGUCAUUCUUUGUUUUUGUAAGAUUUAUAGCUCUUUAGCUAGUCAAAAAGACUUAUUUACAGGAUGUGGUAAUACACUAUAGCUUGAACAAUUUUUUUUCCAUGGCCUUAAUUGCACACUUUGUGUAGUCAGCUCCUUUCAUAAUAACAAGCAUUGGUUAUGCCAUUGGGCAUUACUCCUUGAACUUAGGAGUGUGAAUAUAUGAACUAAGGAAAUGGAUUCCCUGUAGUUAAAUAGUAACUGCAUGGUAAUCUUGAUCAUCCAAUUUGGAUCAAUAA